ACUGUUCAGGAACAGAGCCUUGUUUAUUUAUGGUGAAGCAAAAUGUUAAUCAUGUCAAUAUCACAUAGUGAAUUUUAAUACUGGCUGUCUCUCAGAACAGAAAACAACUGUUUGUGACUGGGUCAAAUACAUCAGAAAAUAACUUUUUAACAUAAACCUGUCCAUUCCAUCCAAUCAGCAGGCCAGUGAAAGCAGCAGGUGUGAUAAUGAAGUCACCAAAGGAGACCAGACCGGACCAGACUCUUCACUGGUCGCUUCAGGGCUCCUGCUUGUCGUCGCUGUUUUCAAACGAUGUUGCUGUUCGCUUGGCUUGUUUGGACGUUGUUUCGAGGUACACUUGGAGGUCCGGUUCAGCACAAGGCAUGGUCGGAAGGGGGAAAUCCGUUUGAGACGAAACAAAAUGCAGCCCCUCGCCCUUCAUUCUACCAUCUGCCCAUGUUCCAGCACGCAUCACGGCCACUAGUAGCACCGGAGCUGUUUCGGCCUGUUCCUCAUAGAACACCGAUUCCAGACGGACUGACUGGGUUGCUGUUACCGCCAACAAGACAACACCAACGCAUCCAGGAGGCAGGUGGACGCGCUGUGGAGGUCCGCUGCGGUAUGAGUGGAAUCUCGGUGCGCGUGGAUCGCUUACAGCUGCGCGCGUGGACCCUUCCAUACCUGUUCCGACUGGGCUCGUGCGAAGCCAGCAGAAUCAGCCCCCGCUUCCUGUACUUCCACUAUAGACUGACGGAGUGCGGUGGAAAAUCUCAGGUUAUUGGUGGUCAGCUGGUAUAUGCAUUUUCACUGUAUUAUACACCACCUCUGCAAGGCUCCGUCAUCAGAGUUCUACCACUUAACCUUCCCAUCCUCUGCCAUUACAACAGGUUUCAUUAUUCUUACAAAGUUGGCUUCCAACCCCAAGUUCAGCACAGAACCUUUAUGAAGAACAUCAGGAGUAAACUCAGCUUCAGCCUCAUUGUCUGCAAUGACCAGUGGGAGCCUCUUGCUUCAGGCCACUGGUUCUUUUUAGGGGAGCCUGUGUAUUUUGUGGCCCAGGCAGGAGCUUUAUUGGCUGGGGAGAGGCUUUAUGUGGACUCCUGUUAUGCUACAAGCUCCAAAGACCCAAACGGAAUGCCCAAAGUGGAUAUUAUUACAAAUUACGGCUGCAUGACAGACAGCAGGAGGGAGGGCAGCAGCUCCCGGUUCCUUCUGGGAGGAGGCAGUGUGCUGAGGUUCUCUGUGGAUACAUUUCUAUUCAGAGAAGUCUCACAAGUGCUGUAUCUUCACUGUUCAAUGUCAAUUGGCCUCACUACUUCUCAGGCCUCAAAGUCCUGCAACUACAACAGUGGUGCUGGCAGGUGGGAGGAGCUGGAAGCUGCAACCUCAGUUUGCUCCUGCUGUGAGUCCAUGUGCACUGACAUACAAAACUCUAUCAAGCAAACAGUGAGCAGUCCAGGCUGGUUCACUGGACAAAGGAAUGGAAAGAAACCAAGGAUGAGGGCAUUAUCUUCUCAAUCAGAGGAAGGAAGAGAAUGGAUGGAUCAAGAUGCGAGGAGGGAAGAAAUAAUAGACGGUCUAGACCUUGAAAACAUCCACACUUUUGCACAGGAGGAAGAACAGGUGGUUUCUGAGAGCACUUCUAUGCUCCCUGCUGAGAAUAAAGAAUGGAGGCACAGUGCUGCAGUCAGCGAGCAAGAAAAGAAAGAAAAGGAGAAGAAUGAGACAGAAGUUAUGGUUGUCGAAAAUACAAAAAAACAGCAGAGAGAAUUGGAAAUGGAUGGCAUUUUUUUGUCUGACCAAACUAGACCAGAGAAAAAUGAGACCGUUCAGGCCAGGGAGGAGGUCCCUGGUACCAAAAAUGGUUCUGUGAGUGCUUUAUCUAGGGAGUAUAGUAAUGGUUCAACAGAUGGUUCGGGUACCACCACUAUUACUAUGAGAAAUUCCAGUAUUGGUAGUGAUUCAGACAUUACAAAAAUUCAUGGUUCUACUAACAGUGUUUCCACAGCUGUAGUUCCGAUUAUUAAACUUUGCCCUAAUAUUGACAAAAUGAAUUGUAGUGUCACUGAGAGUGCAGUCAUGCCUGAAAGGGCUGAUAAUAUUGCUCGAGCUGAUACUGCGCAUGCUCCUGAUAGUGUGGAGAGCUUUACCCCCUCUAAUUUUAGAGCCUCAUCUAGUGCCAAUAUAUAUGGUUCUGAUCAGGAUUCCAGAGUUUAUAGGAGUUUGCUUGGUAGUAGACUUGACAUAUUAGCUGGGACACAUUCUGCCACCAGUAAAUUUGAAACGGACCCCUCUAGUUUUUCUGAUGUCAGAAAGACCAAGCUGGAGUCCGAGAAGAUGGACACUCUCCUGUGGUCAGAACAGGUCGAAUCUGUUAAUAAAUCAGUGUUUGACAAGAUACAAGAGGGGUCAUCUGAUUCCGUUAACAGCAAAGGACCACAUGGAAAAUAUGAUAUUCCUUACAGUCUACAGAUCAGAGGCUUAGAAUCAGACCAGUCUGCUCAUCCAGCUGUGUUUAGAAAUCCUGAUUUUGAUUCUGAAAUUGAAGAAACUCAUGCUCUUCAUCUUAGUCAGUUUACUGGACCAGUAAAGACGAAGACAGCAGUACAAAAAUAUUCCCCUGUCACUACAAGACUGCACAGUUUCCGUUCUGGUUCUGUUAGUUUAGAACACAUGCAUCAAGACAGCCCCGGUCAUUCUGCUGUGGUAACAGUAACUACUACUGUGCAAGGCUCUGAGGGCAGCCAGUGGCCUGAUAGGGAGCGGGUUGAGGUGGUGCCAGGAUGGGGCAUACAGAUUUUGGGGUUUGUGGUGCCAACAGAGGUGGAAGAGGACCAGUAAUGGAUGACUUCUAUGAAGAUAAAACUAAGAGAUUUGCUUUUGGAGGCGUUUGAUGAAAUAAGUGUUGACAUUUCUAUACUGACAUUUUUUCAAAGGUUUUGGAUUAAUGGAUUGUGAUGGUCCUGUAGUGCAAUCUAAUCUAAUUCUGCAGCCUGCCAAAAAAAGUUUUAAUUGAAACUUAUUAUAUUAAAUUAUUGUUGUCUGGUCCACUGCUGUUAAGAUGUGAGGUCACUGCAAACCACAGCCCCUAAACUAAUAACAGAGUUUAAAAACACCUGUCUGAAUCAGACUCACUAAAAACUGAAUAUAAUAAUAUGCUGGGUUGUUGUAUUGCAGUACUGUAUAUUGGCUUGUAUUGGUGUUCAGGUAUGUCAAAAUAGAUGAGGAGCAGAAAGGGAGUUUUACAGGGGAGGUCAAGGAGUAGGUCAUAGCGGGGUCCUGACCUGAAUUCGUACAAGCACCAGUGGGAGGAAAUUAGGCAUUUCCUGAUUUGAAGUCAAUCUCAUCAGGAUGUUGACAUGAUGUUCACAUUUGAAUAAAACAACUUUUCAAAUGAAGUACUUUUCAGGCAAAUCUUUUAAGGACUGGUGCAUAUCAAAAUGUUGCAGAACAUAACGUUCACUGGACUGUAUUCAUGCAGACAAGAUGAUAUUUAAUGAACUCCUCUGCCCAAGCCCUUAUCUACCUUUGCUGUGUGAAGUGAUAGAAGUGAAUAACUGAUCAUGUCUUUACAAUGCGAUGCUGAUCCAAAACAGCUCAUGCAGUAAUCAUCAAUAUUUGGAAACCUGAAAUCUGCAUUGAUGAAAUAAGUUGAACAGUUCUACACAUGAUAGAACUGAACUGAAUAAACAACUAUUUGAU